CCUACUGCAGAGAGAGAACUGCAUCGAAAAAACACACCGGAAGACAUGAACUACCUCAGUUCUACAGUGUGAUAGCAGCAAAUUCAGAUUCGUAAGACACAAGCAACUCGCCUGGUCCAAUGGCUAACAAUCAGGGCCAUCCACUUUUCCUCUCUCAAACAAAGCCGGACCAAUGAACACCACAGCCAGUGAGGGUAUCUUCCUGUGGUGACUGCAGAGUCCAGGGUUUUCCCCUGUUGCAUCUUCAGAUCCACCACUCUGCUCUGCUCCCAAACCCCUCCACCAGUUUACAUCCAUCUCCCUCCUACCCUUCCUACCCCUCUGUACUUCCACCCCUGAACCUCCAUCAGAGUAAAAAAUGGACGACAGCUACGAUAACAGGACUUCCUUAGUGAAGGGGGCCAAGGACAUUGCCAAGGAGGCCAAGCGGCACGCCGUGAAAAAGGUCAACAAGGUCGUGGACAGCGCCACAGACGAGUACUCCCAGCGCAAAUACAGCCGGUUUGAGGACGAGGUAGACGAGGGGGACGACUUUUACCAUAAUCCCCUGAGGCAGGACGGAGGCUACAAUGACAAUGACCAGGCCAGUGAUGCCAGCGAUGCCACAGAGGGCCAUGAUGAUGAAGAUGAGAUUUACGAGGGGGAGUACCAGGGGAUCCCAGCGGCUGGAGACAGGAAGGCCAGGGAGGGGCAGGUGGCUCUGGGGCAGCCCGUUACAGACAGCCUGAGAGAACGUAAGGAGCUGGAGAAGGAGAGGCAGGCGGACGAGGAAGAACUGGCCCAGCAGUAUGAGCUGAUCAUCCAGGAGUGUGGCCAUGGCAGGUUCCAGUGGCAGCUGUUCCUGGUGCUGGGCCUGGCCCUCAUGUCGGAUGGGGUGGAGGUGUUCGUGGUGGGGUUCGUUCUGCCCAGUGCCGAGACGGACAUGUGUGCUCUGGGUGGCUCCAACUCCAGAUCUGGAUGGCUAGGCAGUAUUGUGUACCUGGGGAUGAUGGUGGGGGCAUUUUUCUGGGGGGGCAUGUCAGACAAGGUGGGCCGCAGACAGUGUCUGCUCAUCUGCAUGUGUGUGAACGGCUUCUUCGCCUUCCUGUCCUCCUUCGUUCAGGGCUACGGCAUGUUCCUGCUCUGCCGCGUGAUCGCAGGCUUUGGAACAGGGGGGGUUGUGCCUAUAGUCUUCUCCUUUUUUGCGGAGGUGCUGUCCAGAGAGAAGAGAGGGGAGCACCUGAGCUGGCUGUGCAUGUUCUGGAUGAUUGGAGAGAUCUAUGCUUCAGCCAUGGCCUGGGCCAUUAUACCACACUACGGCUGGAGUUUCAGUAUGGGUUCGGCCUACCAGUUCCAUAGUUGGAGGGUGUUUGUGGUGGUCUGCGCCCUGCCCUGCGUCUGUGCUGUGGUGGCUCUCACCUUUAUGCCUGAGAGCCCCAGGUUUUACCUGGAGGUGGGGAAGCAUGACGAGGCUUGGAUGAUCCUCAAGCAGAUCCAUGACACCAACAUGCGAGCGCGUGGGCAGCCGGAGAAAGUCUUCACCGUGAACAGAAUCAAGAUCCCCAAGCAUCUGGAUGAGCUGGUGGAGAUGAAGUCAGAGUCGGGGAACGCAGUCUCCAAGGCCCUCUUCAGGUCAAAGACAGAGCUACGUGGGAUCUUGGUUAACUUUAUGAAGUGUUUUGACUACCCUCUGAAAGAAAACACUAUCAAGCUGGCUAUUGUGUGGUUUACACUGUCAUUUGGGUACUACGGCCUGUCUGUGUGGUUCCCUGACGUCAUCAAGCAUCUUCAGGCAGACGACUACGCCUCCAAGGUGAAGAUCCACAGCAACGAACGCAUCGAGGACUUCACCUUCAACUUCACCCUGGAGAACCAGAUCCACACCAACGGGGUCUUCAUCAGCGACAGAUUUCUUAAUAUGAAGUUGAAGUCCGUCACCUUCAUUGACUCCACCUUCCGUAACUGCUACUUUGACGACGUGACGUCGGUGGGAUCCUACUUCCGGAACUGUACCUUCAUCGAGGCGUUCUUCUACAACACUGACAUCGAUGAAUCAAAACUGAUAGACGGCACAGAGGUGAUCGACAGCUCGUUCCACCACAACAAGACGGGCUGUCAGAUGACGUUUGACGACGACUACAGCGCCUACUGGGUCUACUUUAUCAACUUCUUGGGAACUCUAGCUGUUCUACCCGGCAACAUUGUUUCUGCACUGCUCAUGGAUAAGAUUGGACGCCUUUCGAUGUUAGGUGGCUCCAUGGUUCUGUCAGGGAUCAGUUGUUUCUUCCUGUGGUUCGGCACCAGUGAGUCGAUGAUGAUCUUCAUGCUGUGCCUUUACAACGGCCUGAGCAUAUCAGCCUGGAACUCACUGGACGUGGUCACCACAGAGUCCUUCCCUACAGACAGGAGAGGGACAGGUUUUGGGUUCUGUAAUGCUCUGUGUAAGUUAGCUGCCGUGUUGGGGAAUGUGAUCUUUGGUUCGCUGGUUGGCAUCACCAAGGCCAUCCCCAUCCUCCUGGCCUCAUCUGUGCUGGUGUGUGGAGGUCUGGUGGGGCUCCGGCUGCCUGAUACUCGGGCCAACGUCCUCAUGUAGCCCCAGGAAGGACCACCUCAUCUGGGGAAGACCUGGGCCAAACCUGGGGACGGCAUGGGAAGCAAGGCGCAGAAUGGUGCAAAGGGUUUAGUUCAAAUGUUUCCUUAUGGAUUUUGACAUUUGAUUUCUUUAUUGCCCCUUCUGGUCUCACAGGGAGUUCAAUUGCAUAAUCCCCCAUCCCAUAUCUCUUUAAAACAGUAUACUUUUACUUUAUCAAUGUAUUUAUGUACAGGACCCAUGUACCAGACCUUCUGGAUACAUCCCUGGGGUCGAGAGAGAACUCCUAUUUCUUAGUGAAUGUAUUGUUUGGGAAUGUCACAACACCCCUCUAAGAUGAAAUCAAUAUUUUAAUCUUAUUUUAUCAUGCCAUAAUCAUAACAGUUAGUGGAUAUUUUAGUUAAGCCUGUGGCUCAUUGGCUAACUAUAUGACUUAUUGCCUGUGGAUUAUGUCCAUCCAUACCAUCAUAGUAUUAGCUGUGAAGGAAACUCUGUGGGUCCUGUAGUCUGUUCUAUAGUUGGUUGAUGUGAAGUCUAGAUCAGUGGUGUAUGUGUGAGGAAAUAUCAGUGUCAAUGGCUGUCGGAUAUGAGUUGGCUGGUGGAAUCAGUACUGGGUUAGUGAUAUGAGAGUUGUGUUAAUAUUAGUAGUGCCUGUUGCGUUGAACUGUAUGAGUACAGUUUGUCUGGAGCCAUUGCAGGGACAGAGUUAGUGAGGGCUGUAAAUAUCAAUGUGUUUUUAUUAGGCCAAAACAGAUGGAGGAGAGAGGGAAAAACAAGCUGUAAUGAGCACAGCCAGCCUGCUGUGGGAGAGAAGGGGGAAUAGAUGAUCAGAAAGAAUGGAGAGAUCACACAGCUGCAACACAGGUGGCCUGGACAGAGAGACAGCCAGACUGGCAGGGAGGCAGAACCAGAGCGAGAACAAGGGUAUUUCUGAGCUACCGUGAAGAGUAUAGAUGGAUCUUUGUUAGGCUUGACGUGUUCUCCUGUCUUUUCACAUGAUGUUUCUACUGUAUGUACCCUGCACUUGUUAUGUCUGCUGGAUAUGUACACAUACCCUGAACCGUCAACCACGAAGAGUCAUGGUGAUGGACAUGAUUUAACCCGCAGGAGCUGGUUUGAAGCAAAGCUUCUCACAGAUAACAUCAGAAACUAUAAUAACAUGUUAGUUUAUUACUUUACACUGACAGAUGCAUAACAAGGUUUUUAUCAGUGUUCUACCCCAGACUACCACAUUCACAUAUAGACACUCAGAUCUCCAAGCCCUUUGCACCAGUUCUCUACCCAAGAAUAAAAAGGCCAUAUUUAAUAACUGUAAUUGUUGUUAUUUGAAGUGUACAUACUAAAUCUAUCAAUAUGUCUUAAGAUAUUUACAUUAUUUGCAGGUAUGUAUCUGCAGCUGUUCUAAACAUAGUUUUUCUCUGUAUAAAAUAUUGUUCUCUCCUCCUAUAUGUUGUAUUGUAUGCAGGCUCGCAGAAAGGGCUUUGUUUAUGUUCAGUAAUAUUGUUCUCUCCUCCUAUAUGUUGUAUUGUAUGCAGGCUCGCAGAAAGGGCUUUGUUUAUGUUCAGUAAUAUUGUUCUCUCCUCCUAUAUGUUGUAUUGUAUGCAGGCUCGCAGAAAGGGCUUUGUUUAUGUUCAGUAAUAUUGUUCUCUCCUCCUAUAUGUUGUAUUGUAUGCAGGCUCGCAGAAAGGGCUUUGUUAAUGUUCAGCCUUUUUAUUUGGCGUUUCUGUUUAACGUUGCUUGUGGCAUUGAAUUUAUAUAGACAUGUCAUGCUGCUUCCUAUUCAAGAUACUGAAGGGCCUUUUUUAAAAUGUGCCUCUCCUUCGGUGGAGCGUUCUCCGCAUAGAAAACAGAAGGGUACAGUAGGUAAACAGGAAGUUAACUGUGUGUGUGGUAUGUGAUGUCCCUUCUCACUACAGUCAGCAUUUUCAAGUACAUCAUUACAUUGGUGUGACCGUGACAGAUAAGGUACAACAUCCAUCCUAUCCGUUUCAUCGGUUUAAAAAAAGAUGCCCCCCCCCCCUUUUGAGAUGAAGUUGGAAGAUGAUCUCAUUUAAACUGAAUUGGGGAGAAACUGAGAGCAAUAAGCUAUUUAUUAACUACUUGUAUUAGAGUGAGUGUAACUGCUUGCAUAUUCUAAGCUAUUUUUUAAAGUUGUACAACUUUUUGAGUAAACAAUUUCAGUGCUUGUUAUAAAUUUUAAAAAUGAAACACCAUACUGACAGUUUGGAUGACAUUUUAGAAUCAGUAACAAAAUAUUUUAGCCAGAUAUACACACUGUGUGUACACUAUGAACAUGAUUCAAUACAAAGUUCAUUUACAAAUCUACAAGUCAAAUCUACAAGUCUACAUCUCUACAUGGCUCUGUAGUGUUUUCACAUCUAAUUCACAAGUCUACAUCUCUACAUGGCUCUGUAGUGUUUUCAUAUCUAAUUCACAAGUCUACAUCUCUACAUGGCUCUGUAGUGUUUUCACAUCUAAUUCACAAGUCUACAUCUCUACAUGGCUCUGUAGUGUUUUCACAUCUAAUUCACAAGUCUACAUCUCUACAUGGCUCUGUAGUGUUUUCACAUCUAAUUCACAAGUCUACAUCUCUACAUGGCUCUGUAGUGUUUUCCCAUCCAAUUCACAGGUCUACAUCUCUACAUGGCUCUGUAGUGUUUUCACAUCUAAUUCACAAGUCUACAUCUCUACAUGGCUCUGUAGUGUUUUCACAUCUAAUUCACAAGUCUACAUCUCUACAUGGCUCUGUAGUGUUUUCACAUCUAAUUCACAAGUCUACAUCUCUACAUGGCUCUGUAGUGUUUUCACAUCUAAUUCACAAGUCUACAUCUCUACAUGGCUCUGUAGUGUUUUCACAUCCAAUUCACAGGUCUACAUCUCUAUAUGGCUCUGUAGUGUUUUAUGUGGCUUACUGCCGGUGUAGCACGCCUGUUUGUGUGUGUGCUGUUUCUGUGAGUAUAUCGUAGUUUUAGUAGUCCACUGUAUCAAAACUGCUGUCUGCUUGCCCCCUCCUCAUAUCUAAAGAACAGGGCAGGCUUCCAAUAAUUGGUACACGUAGGGGUGUACGCUUGUGUUUGCUUUACAUCGUCUUGGAUACAGUAAAGUCUGUUUUCUGAUUGUUUGUGUCUUGGUAUGCAUCACAAAUUAGCAACAACUGACUUUUUGACGACUUCAUGAUUUUUAAGUGAUGACAUAAUCAACUAAACUUGAGUAUUUAUAGUAGUAACAGUGACAUGGCAAAGCCAUUCUCAUUAGGCUGAUGUCAAACCACAGCUACUGACUACUGUUACCACCUCAGCAGUGAUAUGCAUUCAAUAAGGUACCAGUUGUUUAUGAACAAGGAUUGCAGCUAUAUGAUGGGUACUGGAUGUGUUUAAGCCUCUUAACCUAAUUGUGACAGCAUUGACUAUGAUAUCUUACAAAAUAUAAAUAAGUAUCUAUUUAUUUUGUU